CGGAGAACCUUCUAAUGGACAACUUUUGCCCGAGACAUUUUUUUGUAACGCGAAUCGUUUGCGUGGGAGAGGCUCGAGGAGCCGGCGGUUACGCGUACUCGCACAUCGUUUACGCCGGCAAGUGCGGUUGAUCGAUCUCCUGCUGAUCGAUCGACGAUAGAUCCUCCCGGUGGUUGGUCAUCGGCGAUGUUAGGAGCGAAAAUAGAUGACCUAGGCACAGUUGGCCGAGGUAGCGGGGGGAACUCCAUCGGGCGAGAACGGCCAGAGAGUUCGCUCUCUCGCGCGAGCGGUCCUUCUUCGCAGCAUCCGAGCCCGAUCCGCGGAUCCGAAUUUGAUCUCGCCGCCCGAAGCCCGGCCUCGAAGGGGACGCCAUCGUCAUUUUUUCUUUAGUUGAUUCGCCGACGUCUCGAUCGAAGCGUCGCGACGGCGGAGGCGCGCCAUGCUCUCGUGCCUGUGAAUUCUAAAAUAAGACCCAGUUAAAUAAUAUUUUUCCUAUUUUUCUUUUUUUUUUUAAUAAUUCAAGAAUCUCCAUCGUAAUCAGUCAGGUGGUUCUGUUCCACCUUCCGGUGGAAUUACCCGCGAGGGCGAGGGACGAUGCAAUAAUUGUGACCCACUAACAGGACGGAAAUAAAAAUAUCGAGAGUUCCUUAAUGAGGGGAAAGCACGCGACUGCACCUCCAGAGGUGGAAAAGUCCCUGCGGAUGCUCGCCCACAUAUGACACCGCUCAUGGAGGUCGGGGCCCCAGGGGGGACCUCGGGUCGGAGGGCGAUGCUGACCAAGGGGGGAUCUUCUUCGGGGCUCGGGGCGUCCUCCGCUUUGCCCAGCACUCAUCAGAAGGUGAGGAAGAUCCUGGAGGACCACGCCUCCUGGCAAGAGCACCCGGGCGAGACCGCGGACCCCUUCGCAGGGGGUCCCAGGAGCGUCGCAGGGAACUUCAGCAUCGUAGCGUCGCGCGGGCCGCUCGCCCGAAAUAGCUUCGCCGUCCGCGAGACCCCGCCUGGCCCCGGAACGGCCGCACCGCGGAAAAAAGCGCCGCUCCUCGGCGGAAAGGUCCAGAGGGAGAGGAGCGAGCCGAGGAACGCCGAGAUCAAGGAAGACGCGGAGGAGAGGGGCAGAAAUCGACCGACAAGGAACGGCGCGCUCCUAGGAGACCCGGACAACAGGACCGGGAAGAAUCGUCCUUUCGCGGGCUCCCUGGAGAGACUCAUCCCCGACGACUUCAAGGAAGAUUUCUUGGCGGGCGACAAGUCGCGGCGCGGCAGGUUCUCGGAGGAGGGCAUCCUGGGCAGGUCCUCGGCGUUCCUGGCGAGCCUCGCGAGUCCUGGGAGCAGGAGCAAGCGGGACCAGCCCCGGCCAAGGUCCUUGGAGAGGUCCUCCAGCUUGAGAGCGGUGCCGACCAGCUGGAAGAAGCGCGCCGACCAGCAGGUGAAGAAGUCGGUCUCCUUCAGCUCGGACACCAGCUUCGAGGAGAAACGUCCGCCCAGGAAGAAAACCGCCGUGCACGAGGCGAAGGUCUACCACCGAGGGGUUCUUCAGGCCCAGGAGCCCAGGGUGCCGGAGGAGUCGAGCGAGGAGGGGAGCGUGUUCACCUGGGGCCCGAAGGUGCUCCUCAGAGCCGCGCGAGAGGCCGAUGAGGAGACCAUGGAGGACGUCGUGACGAGGAUCAGGGAGCCGGUCUGCAGGGGCAGAACCAUGGACUUAAAUGCGGUGGACGGCAGCGGCAGGACCGCGGUAAGCUACAUGGCGGGGAACGGAGCCUGUGCGAUGCUGGAGGCCGCCCUCUCGUUUCCGGGUCUGGACCCGAACAUCCCGGACAACGAGGGGAACACCCCCCUGCAUUUCGCCGCCCAGGCAGGUCACACCGAGUGCCUGAGCAUCCUGCUGGAGAAGUGUCCAGGAAUCGAGGUGGACGCCAGGAACGCCUUGGGAUUCACACCGCUGAUGAAGGCCGCUCUUCAGGGUAGGACCAAGUGCGCGAAGCUCCUGCUGUUCGCCGGUGCAAAUCCAACGCUGAGGGACCAUGGAAGAGGGCUGAGGGCGGAACAAUGGGCCAGGUUCUGCGGCAGGUACUCCUGCGCCGACGUGAUCGAGCGGUUCGCCAGGCACCGGCUCCUCGACCGGAACACCUCCUGCAGGUGGGGCAGCGAGCCCGAACUCGCGGCCAAGGUUCUACAAGGAAAGGUGACCCCCGUACCUACUAACUUGCCCCCCGCCUCCACGGGGCUCAAGUCGAGGAUUCGGCGGGUCUUCAGAACCACUUCCGGUCCCGACAGAGGAUUCUCCUUGGUGACCCAGCUGACGAGCGCCGCCCUCUGCGCGAGCAGUCCCGCCUUGCCGAAAGCUGGGGACGUUCCUCCGGUAGUGAAAAGCUUGCUUCGUCCCCUGAGCGUGCCGCAGCUGAGGGUGACGCUGGUACCGCCGCUGGAUGGGUAACCAAGGUUAACCAUUCGCAACGAAGAGCAAGGUAGACUGGCGUUGCGACUCGAGGAAGGUCGGGAUCGCUUCCGCUGGAUCUUCCCGCUAAUCGCCCGGGGAAAGUGAUCUCUCUCGAUCGAGGUGGAGUCGCAUGUACUAGCAAAUUAACCCUUCCGCGGUGAGGGCGAUCAGUUCCUGAUUCACUAGCUCGAAUUAACACGGGUUGGCGCUCGUCUCGCACGAGAGGCGACGUGCCUCUCCCGGAUGCAGCGCGUAAACGCGGCAACGAAGAUGUAGUUGAUAGGUUUUUUUUACGUGUCAUAACGAGAAACUCGACGGCAUUCUCUAAUUCUACGUCACGCAGCAUGACCCAAUAACACCGUUAACCGGCGUCGGUAGACCAACGCGUCUCCUCGUGCUCUUUUGUAUAGCGAGCGGACGAGCUCGCUCGCCUUUCUUGUGUCGAUGUGCCCGCGAACUCGGGUAAACGUAGUGAGCAUUGUAAUAAAGACUAUGUUAUUAUAUAUAAAUAUCGUCAACGAUGUAGGGGAAA